UACAUAUUUAAGGUUUUUUUUUUAUUUCACAUCUGAUUUUCUCUCUCUCUUUCUUUUCCUUCACGUUUUUUCCCACUGCAAGACAUUAUGACUACACUACUUAUUAUCGGAGGCACAGGGCUUGUAGGGAGCUCUAUUAUUCGAGAAACACAAAAGAACAUUCAUUUGCCUAGUUACCACAAUACCCAUAUUUUAGCACUUUCGCGUACAGCCAAUGCAAAGAAGUCGGUGCCAGGUGUAAGUUUUGUGCAAGGAGAUGCCCUGGAUGUGGCAUCGUUAAAGAGAUCGUUUGAAGCGAACCCCAAUGUGGUGCAUACAGUGGGUACCUUGAUUGAACAACGGAAAUACGGUGACAAUGGCACUUAUGAAAGAAUGAACCGAGACGCCGCCAUCAAUGUGGCCCACACAAUGGCUUCUAAAUACGACGGGAUAAAUCGUCGAUGCUUUAUUUACUUUUCUGCAGGAAAUGCGCCGCCAAAAUAUUUAUUAAAUGAACGAUAUAUUGGAGCCAAAAGAGAGGCGGAACGGUAUUUACUGGGAAAUAAGGAACUGAAUGAAAAAAUUAGAAUCGUUGUGCUUCGACCAGGACUUAUCUACUCAUAUCAUCGACGUCAAUUAAUGCUUCCUUUGGCAUUAGGCUUAAUCAUCGGAUCUGCAAUUUUAAAACCGCUCACAUCAUACGUUCCGUCUAGCGCAAGGUAUUUCACAGAUCGCCCCAUAUCCGAUAGCGAAGUUUCACAUGCAGUAUUUGAGAUUCUGGACGACACUGAAGUGGAAGGUAUUUGUGAAAUUGACAAGAUUCGACAAUUAGCAAAAGCAUGGGAAAGAAAAAAAAGUCUUUAAUAAAAAAAAAAUAUUAUAUAAUUAUAUACAUAUAUUAAAAUGUAGUU